AUGCGCGCCCUCCGAUACCACGGCGUCAAAGACCUCCGCGUCGACAACGACAUUCCCGAACCGAAAUGCGGCGAGAACCAGAUCAAGGUCAAGCUACACGAAUACUCGUCGCCGACAUUCAUCCCACAACCCAACACUCCCCACCCCUUGACAAAAGAGGUGAUGCCCGUCGCCAUCGGCCACGAAUUCUCCGGUGAGAUUGUCGAAAUCGGCAGUUCGGCGGCGUCCCACCCAAACUUCCAGGGCCAGACCCUCAAGGUCGGGGAUAAGGUCGCCGUGCAGCCCACCCUGGCCUGUUUCCACUGCGGCCCUUGCCACGAUGGCUACAUCAACUGCUGCGACUCGGCCGGGUUUGUGGGGCUGAGCGGCGGCGGAGGCGGAAUGAGCGACUAUGUCUGUGUCGAUGCCCAGUUUGUGUUCAAGUUGCCGGACCAUGUCGGCUUGGACGUGGGUGCACUCGUGGAACCGUUGGCUGUGGCGUGGCACGCGGUUGACCAGUACCCUUUGAAAAAAGGCGACGCAGCGCUCGUCAUGGGUGCCGGCCCCAUCGGUCUCGGGGUCAUCCAAUGCCUCAAGGCCCGCGGCGCGGGCACCAUCAUCGUGGUCGAGAUAGCAAAGGAGCGGCAGAACUUUGCCCGGGCCUUUGGCGCGACGCAUGUGAUCGAUCCGAGGUCCGAGGACGUGGUCAAGAGGAGCAAAGAAAUCACAAACGGUCAGGGACCGCAUGUCGCGUUGGACGCGGCGGGCGUGCCGGCCAGUUUGAGGGAUGCGGCGUUGGCGGUGAGGGCGCGCGGCACGAUUGUGAACCUGGCGAUCUGGGAAAAAGAGGUGCCGUUCCAACCCAACACCCUUGUCUUUGGAGAGAAGAAAUACUUUGCGAUCCUGGGCUACCUCCAAUCCGACUUUGCGGGAGUCAUCAACGCUCUCGCUGACAACUCUUUGCAACCACAAAAAAUGAUCACGAGCAAGAUCAAAAUCGAUCGCGUGGCCGAGGACGGGUUCCGACCGCUGAUCGAGGACAAGGACAAGCAUGUCAAGAUCCUGGUUGAUUGUAGAGCCUGA